AUGGCUCUCUCUUAUGAUCCAGAAUGGCUUGAGAUAGCUAAACCGGCAUUAGAUCAAGCCCAAGCAAUCAAGCCUGCUAUCCACGAUGUGGGAGCUAGACGAGCCAAAUUCGAAGGGCUAAUGAGCAGAGGACAGCAGUCGAUUCAUCUGCCUGACAACAUCGAAUACAUCGUGCACCAUGUUCCGGUCGCAGGUGGCCACGAGAUUGAUAUCCACCAUGUCCGCAAUACGAACGUAUUGGGCGAUGAUCCCAGUCCUGUGAUCCUUCACAUUCACGGUGGCGGGUAUUUCAGCUUUCAAGCUAUACAUAGCGUGCCAGCUCUGGCACACUAUGUUUCCUCUACCGGAGUCGCAAUGAUUACCAUCAAUUACCGCCUUGCUCCCGAGAAUCCCUUCCCAACUCCGCUUGAGGAUUGCUGGUCAGUUCUGAUGUGGGUCCACCAUCAUGCUCCAGAACUGUGUGUUGACCGCAGUCGUAUUGCCGUGAUGGGGGAAAGUGCCGGAGGUGGAUUGGCUGCAGGCCUUACCCUCCUCGCAAGAGACCGUGGUUUGAUGCCCAAACUGGCAAAACACCUUUUGAUCUAUCCAAUGCUCGAUGAUAGGAUCUGUAGCGACUAUACGGGGGGGCUCUGUUUCUUUGACCUCGAUGAUGCCAUCACAGGGUGGGCUGCCUAUCUCGGGAAGGAUAUGGGAACAGAUCGAGUUUCACCAUACGCCGCGCCAGCGCGAGCAAAAACUGUGGAUAGCCUCCCGCGUCUUUAUCUCGAGUGUCCACAAUUGGACAUUUUACUACCAGAGAAUCUGCGCUAUGUUCAGAUGUUUGUGGAGGCAAAAAUACCUACCGAGUUCCACUUGCUCGAGGGGUUACCGCAUGGCUUCAUCAGCCUUGCGCCGACCGCAACGGCCAGCAAAACCGCGAUUGAAACCCGAAUGAGGGCCAUGAAAACGAUUUAG